AUGCAUUUCUCCUUUGCAACUGUCCUCGCCGUCAUCGCUACUUUAGUAGCAUCAAGCUCUGCCAUCCCCUCUAGGGUACGGACGAAAAGCACACGGCCAUGGGGUGGUGACAUGGUGCUAAUAAAUCACUUUCGUGAACAGCUCGAAGACGGACCAGCCGACUGCUAUCUCGCAGCUUUAUGCUUAGAUCCACGUUAUGUUCGCGCUGUGCCCGAUAUCCUCACAUCGCCAACUUACGUCCGAGUUCUCAAGUACCUCAAGAUUGUGAUUGAAGCCGAGUUCAAGUCCCAACACAACCCCGCUCUCAAAGGAAAAACAGCUGCCGAUGUUCGCGAAGCUUUCGUGCACCAGUUCGAGCGCUAUGUGAAAGGACAGUACCCGUUUGACACAAUGAUUACCAAAGGCCUUGUUUAA